AUGGGAUCCAGCAAAGCAGGACAAACAGAAAGGAAGAUGACGGCCGUCGAGAAACUGCGAAGCAUGCUCGCGGAUCCAAACAAGUUCCUAUCCUGUCCCGGAGUAUACGACGGCUUCACAGCGCGGAUAGCUCUCCAAGAAGGCGUAGACUGUCUAUACAUGACAGGCGCAGGAACAACAAUGUCCCGCCUCGGCGCCGCCGACAUGGGCAUAGCCACCUUCACAGACAUGCUCACCAACGCCAGCAUGCUCGCCUCGCUCUCGCCGUCGACCCCCCUAAUCGCCGACGCAGACACCGGCUACGGCGGGCCCGUCAUGGUCGGCCGGACAGUAACCUCGUACAUCCGCGCGGGCGUCGCCGGCCUGCACCUCGAAGACCAAAUCGUGAGUAAGCGGUGCGGGCACCUCAACGGCAAGCAACUCGUCGACAUCGAGGAGUUUGAAGCGCGGAUCCGGGCUGCGAGGUUAGCGCGGGAGGCAAGUGGCGGCGACAUCGUCAUCAUCGCUCGAACGGACGCGUUGCAGGGUUUCGGGUACGAAGAAGCACUACGCCGUCUCCGUGCGGCAGUCGCUCAAGGCGCAGACAUGGCGUUCCUGGAAGGCGUGACGACAGCCUCAGACGCGCAGCGCAUAUGCUCCGAUCUUUCUCCCACGCCUUGUCUCUUCAACAGCGUCCCCGGUGGCGUAUCCCCUGAUUUCUCGGUCGAAGAAUGCAAGACCAUGGGGUAUAAACUUGCUAUUUUCCCGCUGCUGGCGUGCGAGGUUGUGUAUCCUGCGGUUAGGAGGGCGGUGCAGCAGAUGAAGGCGGGGCAUGUGGAGAGUGUGGAGGGGGAUGGGAAGAGGUAUGGGCCAAGGGAGUUGUUUCAGGUUUGUGGGUUGGAUGAGUUGAUUGAGUUUGAUGUUAAGGCUGGGGGGUUGGGUUAUAAGGAUGGGGCGUGA